AUGUCCAUGCCACUGCUGCGCAUGUCGCUGCGUGCGCCAAUGCCAAUGCCGCUGAGGCAGCGUGCCAUCUCGACGGCGCGUGCGCGACAAGCGCCUGUGCAGCAGCCGAUCGAGCGGCUCGGCUCUGGUGCGCCGGUGGCUGUACAUACGGAUGGGACGCCUAUCAUGCCACCGCUGCAUUCACUAGGACACGCUAUGAGCACCAAUGAACAGCAGCGCACCACUGUCCCAUCUCGACGUGAACGACGAGGUGCGAAAAAGCAACAACGGAUUAUGACGCGCGAGACUCGCAAGCGCAAUACGAUUGCAGCUCGCUUGGGUGUGGCGGAUAAAAAGCUCUCGCCAUACGUACGGACAGACCAACAAUUCAAGAUGUUCAAGCCCAUCACCAAGUCCAUUCGUUGGUUGCGGUACCCGUUGAGUCCCAACUUGCAUCGCGGCAGACCUGUGCGUGAACUGACAAUUCCAAAGCGUGGAAGUGGUGGUCGUAAUCACCAUGGACACAUAACAGUACGUGGACGUGGUGGUGGACAUCGCCGUAGGUUGCGUCUCGUGGACUUUUAUCGUUGGGAGCCCGGUGAGCAGCGUGUGGUGCGGCUUGAGUACGAUCCUAGUCCGCAGUGCGCAACAAUAAGCACUGAUCCAGCAACAACAAGAGACGGGUCGCUUGAGCUAUAA